AAGCUAAAUGUCCGGUAUGCAAAGAAGUACAUACUCGUUUAGGAAUAUGGGGCGACUGGAGCUGUCUAGGUAAAAAUGAUCACUAUUUUCUUAACUGUCCUUUUCGCAUUGAUCAAAAGAAAAUUAUAAUUGCUGUACAGAGCUUAUCAGAAACUCAAGUAAGGGUACCAAACAAAAUCAGUAACUCACCAAUUCAUCCAAACAAAACCCGCCUUUAUCAAUAUGCCAUCGAACAUGGAAUGGAUCCCAAGAAAUUUUCGGUCAUUACUGAAGCUGAGAAAAAUAGAUGGGCCAUGGGGUGUUUUCCUGCUGACUUGGAAAGAGAUAUACGCCUUUAUC